AUGUUAAAUUUUAGACGACAAGUUGGCGCUUUCCCUGCAAGUCUUAAAGAUAGGGAUAAAGACUUCCAAGGCCUCCCCGAAGUUCCAGCCGGACGGCAGCUGAAGCUAGAACUCCCCGGGAAGAAUAAACAAUCCAACAAAAAGGGAGCUGCAGGUAAGUCAGGGGGGGCGAAGAAGGGCGGUGGAAAGGAAAAAGGGGGCAGCAAACUGGAGAAGCAAGAGAGCAGCAGCAGCAGCAGCAGCAGCAAAGAUCCUUUUGGCGAGGAUCUGCGGCUGCUGCUGCUGCCGCUGCAGGCGGUUGCUGCUCAGGACUCACUGGGAGGUGAAGUAGCAGCAGCAGCAGCAGCAGCAACAGCAGCAGCUGCAGCAUCAGCAGCAGAAGCAACGGAGGGAGAGAAGCCAAAGACACAAGAGGAUCUACUGAUUACCGCAGCAAAAGCAUCAGCAGCAGCAGCAGCAGCAACCGAAGGGGACCCAGUAGCUGCUGCUACUGCAGCAGCAGCAGCAGCAGCAGCAGCAGAAAAUGCAGCAACAGUCAUAGCAACAGCAGCAGCAAAGUCAUCUAACAGCAGCAGCUGCGUCAGCAGCAACAGAGCAGCCGUUGCUGCAGCAUUACGUGCAAAGCUUCUCCCUCCUGUUGCUGCAGCAGCAACAGCAGCAGCAGACACCGUGCUGCAGCAGCAACUGCAGCAGCUACGUCUUGAGCUCGAUGGGUGGCAUUAUAAGGAAGGUGCAACCCUUUGA